AUGGCGCCGGGAGGGGCGCCUACCGAUGCCAAUCUCCAUGAAUUGGCUCAGAAUGGACAGAAAAACGACGGCGACAAGUCGACGACGACCCUCUCGACGAUAGCCGUCAAAGCCGGCGUCAAUGCCUCCAUUGUCGUUGCGCUUCUGAAAGUUGGAUAGAUUAGAAGACAAAGUCUACAAAAACAUGUUUCAGAGCGCCGGCUUCAUCCAGCUUCGCGUGGACGAAAUGCAACCGAAGCUUCUUUCGAUCGGAAAUUCAUCUCAAGAAGCCAAGGAUCUGCUCAGAAUCCACGAUGAUCUUAUUUCUAGACUUCAAGUACGUUCCUUGCGUCUUUCUAAUACAAAGUAUCUCAUCGCAGGAUAAAGACGAUCAAGUAGUAGCCCUUCUGAACCGAGCCGACAGCCUCGGAGCGGAAAAGACGAAUCCGAACGAAGCGAUCGUUUACGACGAAAUGGCAAAAAGUUUGCGGGAGGUUUGUACUCUUCUUUUUCUUACGCAGCUGCACAUAAAUCAGGCACAUUAAUCUGAAUGGAAUCCGGAUGCAUAACCCGUUUUCUUUCGAAUUCGCUUCUUUUGAAGUGCCCGACCUUGAAAUGUCGCAUCUUCAGACUUGGCGAUCCUUGAAUCGACAGCUUCUGCUUCGUGGAUACAUGCUCCGAGAGACUGUACAGUUUUACACAUUGGCAGAAAGCCAUGAAAAGGUAAGCGAAGGCAGUUGGCUCGAGCAAUUGUUAACAAUCUUUUCAGAUGACUGCAAAGACUAUUGAAAUUGUACAACAGGUAAAUGGACAGAACUCUGCACAGCUUCAGUCGUCCAUCGACAAACUCAUCAACGGUAACUUCAUAUUCCUUUUCUCACAAUGAGUUUUCACUUUCAGAUAUCAUCGACACGACGGCUUCCGCUGUCGAUCUCGGAUCUUCAGUUCUCUCACAAAUCCGUACUCUCGGCCAGCUCGACGACAACCCAGAGAGACCCCAGGAGAUUUUAGAAGCGUCGAUCAAAAUCGAAACGGUCAUGCUCAGGUUGGCAGUCAGGUUUCAAAUCUUCCAAACAAAGCUGUAGUUUUAUAGAGUUGCUGCCGAUUGGGAGACAUCGGAGAGUCUGUGGCAGGAGAGAAAGUCGGCAGUGUCCCAGCAGAAGACGACGACGACGACGGAGGACGAGUUGGUGGUGAUUGAGCAGUGGCUGGCAUACGCCGAAAAGAAGGUGAAGGCCCUCAACGAAUCGGGACAGAAGAACGUGCUUUCCGAGGGAAAUGUGAGUGAAUGAAAUUAAGACGUUUUACUUUUUUCCAACUACCAAACUUUCAGAAGCACGUGGCUCGCCUCCGUGAUCUGGCUCAGACUCCUUCUUCGGACGGCGGACGCAUUUCGCAUCUGUCCGGAAGAAUCGAAGAAUUCUUGCACUAUCUGAAGACCAGAAUGAACCGUUCUCAGCGAAUUCACGCCUACCUUCAAGCCGCCAAGUCGAUGGUAUCUCAGCUGAACAUGAUGGCAGAGGACAUGAAGAGAGCGAACGCGGCGAUGGCCGGAGAAUUGGCGCCGCUCGCCAAGCAAAAGGCUUCUCCGCUCAUUCACGAAGGAAAGGACAUUGCCGGUAGGCUUCCGGCUCUUUCAGUCAAUUCUGUAAACAUGUUUCCAGCGAAGGAAGUGCUGAGCUAUGAAGAGCAGAGACUCGUUCGCCAGUACGUGGAGGAUCUGACUUUGAAGCUGAGAGAGAUUGAAGAGUUGUCAAAACAACGGAAGGAAUCCGGAAAGACCACUUCUCAUGUAUAAACUUUCUUUUUUUUCUGACGUGUUGAAAGAACCGUUUCAGUUCUCAAGCAUCAAAACGUGGCUAGACGGACCGGCUGCUGCAUUCCUGGCCCAAAAAGGCGAUAUGGGUGGGAACCUGAACGACGCCCGUGACUUUGUGGCUGUCCACAAGCAGUUCGCAACUGACGUCGUCAACCGCGACGCUGACGUGAUGACUCUUCUGGCCAAGAAACCGCAGAUGUCUCCUGAAGAGGAACAACAACUCGGCGAGUUUGUGAAGAACUACGAGAAGAUCAAGGACAUUCUGGAGAACCGCAUCCAAAUCGGAACCACUUACGAGCAAGUUCACAAGUUCGGAAAAGAUCUGGAAGGAUCUUUCGAUGCUCUGCAGACUCUGUUGGAAAACAAUCAGGAAUACACGAAUGAAAAGGUUGCCGCGCAGAUUGCCAACGUUUUCCAGAUGAUUCUGGAGACGUUGAGUCAGGAAAAACAUCAAGGUUUGCACUUCUCGAGCUGUUUCACUUCUUCAAAAUCUCAUUCUUUUAGGCGAAAAGUUCAUUUCGAAUGCAACUCAAAUUGGAAAGUCUGACGAAUGGCUCAACAUUCAACGUGCCACCGAAGCCGUUCGAAACAUGAUCACUGAUCAUGAGAACAGAUUCAAAUACGUGCAGCAUAAGUGGAAUGAAUGGCAGAGAGACAAGGUAAGAUUUCGGAUAGAAUCGAGACAUCCGAGUGAUUAUUGUAGAGUUCGCAAACAAAAGUGGAGCGAGUAAUAGAAGAGAUACAAAUGUGGCAGACGGAUGUGCUCGAGUUCAUCGGAAGAGUGGAUAAGGCGACGGUGACAAAAAGAGAAGUGAGGAGAGAUUCUGAAGAACUUAGAGACAUUGAUAUUGCAGGAAGUGGAUGAGAUCCAAAAACGUAUUGCUUCCUUCGGAGGGGCUGCCGAAGAGCACAAGAAAACUCUGGAGAGUCUGAAAGAAGAGAGCUCGAAUGAAGAGCAGAUCAGCCGAGUCAAUGUUCUGAUUGAUAAGAACGACUACAUCAAAACGAGAUUGGAUCAGCUGAGCCAGAAGAUCGAGUUGAACUCACUGCUCAAAGUGGUGGAAGAUGUGCAAAUCUGGCAAGAAGAGGUCGUUGAGAUCAUCAGAAAUCUCAACCAAGUGGUCACGACGCACACGAAUAACCAGGAACAGUUUGAGCAGGUGAAACGGAAGAUCGAGGAUCUGAAAGUGGAAGUGAACAAGAAGAGCGAGCAUCUGGAAGCAUGUAAAACGCUUUCGCAGAGUAAGAAAACGAUUGAGUAAUCUGAAAAAUGGCUUGUUCCAGAUGAAAUCUUCCAAACUCAACUGCACAAAACCAUUGUGAACCAGGAACAGAUCCGACAGACUACACAGGAACUCCAAGAGAAAUUGGAACUCACUAAGCUGAUCCGAGUGGUGAACGAGAUUCAGAUGUGGCAAGAGGAAGCGAUUGAGAUCAUCCGAAUGCUGGACAGAACGCAGCCGGCCAACAUCCAGGAGGCCAACGAGCUCAUCGACCGAGUGCACGAUUUGCAACAGACUGUGGAGCAUAAAUCCACAAAGAUUCAAGAAGUCAAGAGAAUGUCGCAAGUGCCUGAAUUCGUUCGGAAGAUGGAUGAAGUGGAGCACGUACAGGAGCAGAUCACACAUUUGACGGUGGAAUUGGAGGAGAAGCUCGAGCAGCAGAAGUUGGUGAAAGUAACGGAACAGAUUCAAAUGUGGCAGGAGGAGAUGGUCGAGAUCAUUAAGAUGUUCGACAGUACGCCAAUGAAGACUGUGCAGGUAUUCAGAUCUGGGUAGCAAUCACUUGGUUUGAUUUGAUUUCUUCAGGAAAGUCAAGAGCUGCAAGAGAAGGUGAAACUCGUGAAAGAAGCGAUUGAAGUGCAGCAGCCAAAGAUCGAGGAAGUCGUCUCGAAGGCCACGGACGUCGAGGUCAAAACUCAAGUGGCGAGGGCAGUUGAGAAGCAGAAGGUUAUCAGAGAAAUGGCAGAGAACCUGGAAAGGAAAGCCAUCACCGCCAGCUUCGAACUAUCUCGACCUCAACAAACAGUCGAGGAAACAAAGACGAUCGAGCUGACAACCUUGGAGCAAACUCAGAUCACGCUGACUCCCGAGGAGAAGAGGGAACUUCAGAUCUUGAAAAAGAUUGUCGAAGAGAUUCAAAUGUGGCAAGAAGAAACGAUCGAGAUCAUACGACUAGUGGACAAGACACCGAAGACAGUCCGCGAAUCGGAGACUCUCGUGCACAAAGUCAGUGAGAUCCAGCAGUCGGUGGAGGCGCAAACGAGAAGACUCGAGGAUGCUUCAAGGUUCACAAAGAAUGAGGACUACACGAAGACAGUCCAGGAGACCAUGACGAAGCAGCAACAAGUUCAACAGCUGGUGAAGGAACUCCACGAGAGAGUGAGUAGAAAAGGUGGUAAUUCUAGUGAGAAUCAUUCAUAAUUUAGGCGGCCGCUCAGCAUAUUGUAGUCAAAAAGCAAGAAGAAGAGCGGGCUCGUGUCCAAGCUCCACAAAUCUUGACUCAACUCAAAGAUGCAGAGGUGAAUACGUGUUUGUCAGAAACGUUCUUGAUCCAGUUAAUUUGCAGGUAGAUGAAGGCUGUCGGUACGAGUUUGCGGCCCGAAUCAACGGAGCACCGGAGCCCACAAUCUCUUGGAUGAAGGAUGGAAUCGAUGUGAAAAGCAACAUGGACUACCGUCAGGAGUACGUGAACGGAGUGGCUACCCUCGUCAUCGAAGAGAGUUUCAUCGAGGACACUGCCGAAUACACGGUCAAAGCCACAAACAUCGGAGGCACCGCGGCCAGCAGCGCUAAUCUGGUCGUCAAAUGUAAAUGGGUUUCUUCGAGACACUUCUAAAUCAUUUGUUCAGCAAGAAGUGCAAUGUCAUCCGCCAUUCUCGAAGAGGACAAGCCGCGAUUUGUGAAACAGAUGCAGAGCGUGCAAGUAAACGAAGGAGAAACCGCCAGAUUGGAUUGUGUGGUCGUCGGAAAGCCGGAGCCAGAAGUCGCGUGGUUCAAGGAGGAAACGGCGGUAAAGGAGAGCGAGCGGGUUCAUCUCACGUUCUCCGGAGAUCACUGUCAGAUGGUCAUUGACCGAACAGGUAAGAAUUGGCAGGUUGAGAAGCCUCAUGAGAUCUAUUUCAGUUCCACUCGACACUGGCACCUACACCGUUCGCGCCAAGAACGUGCAUGGUGAAGUGGCCAAUUUCUGUCAGCUCAGAGUGAUUCCGAGAAAGCAGGCACCGCCACAGACGCCGCCAAAGCCCAGAACUCCAAUCCAAAGACCUCCAGUCAUUCAGCCACCCCUCACUAACACCACGUGGCAAGAGGGAGAGACCGCAACACUUCAAGUGUUCUCCUACGGGGAGCCGAAGCCGAGAGUGCACUGGAAGUUCAAUGAUUUACCGGUGCAGACUUCAAGCCAAGUUCAGAUUUCUGAGCAGGAUGACGGAUGGUCCCGACUCACAAUCCAACAGAUCUCGCCUGUGAACGCAGGAAUGUACACGGCAAUCGCGGAAAAUGAGGUCGGAGAGGCGGUGACCGGAGCAACUGUCCAUGUGCAGCCAUCUUUGAAACGAGUGGUCACCACUGAACACCAUCUGCAGGAGGAAAUGGACGAACAUAUCGGACAGCCCGUGCAACAAACAGUUAUCACUAAGAAGAACGAGCAGUAUGAAUCGAGAGAAAGAGCAGCGUUCCCGCAACCAAGAGAGCCGGAGAAAAUCACGGAUGAGAAGAGAUGGGUGGAACUGGUGGAGCAGCACUUCGAGGAGCACCUCUCCCAGAGAUCCAUCUCUCCAGUGCCACAGACCAGAGAUGUCAGAAAGAUUGAGACACAGCAGAGGUGGAUUGACACUAUCGAUGAGAUUUGGUCCCCACCGAGAGAAAUCGAGGUGAAGGAGACUAGAACAACGUCUGGAUUGGACCAAUACAGUUCCCACAGUGUCCACGAACCAUCUCCGAAGCCAGUUGGAUAUCGGACGACCACAACCACCACAUCCGUGUCUCACAUCGGACAGUCUCACGAGCCACUUCAGCCAGCAAUAGGAAGAUCGACUUCUUCGAAUGAGACCGUCAGAACAAUGAACGUGGCGACGAUCAGACAGUCGCCCCAAAGGGAACUCUACGAGGCCAGAACAACUCCAGGACCCACGUCUGAGCACGUGGCCACCAUUCGGAAGACUCCCGUCAGAGAGACUCACCAGUCUUCGCUUUCGAAGGCCCCGUCCCUUGAAAACGUGGCGAAGAUCCGUCAGUCACCGCUUCCAGAGACGCACAUAUCUACGUUGACCAGAAGAAGUCCUUCUGUGGAGAACAUUGCAAAGUAUCAGCCAGCUGCUCAGCCGGAUACUCACAGAGCAACCACUACUGGCGGGCAGCCUGUGGCCAACAUUGCGGUAACUGUCGAACUCAUUUCCGUUAAUCAAUGUUUGUUUUCAGCAAGUGCACGCUCCAGCGCAGCCAGAACGUCAGGCGAUCACUAAAGAAGCUCCGAAGAUUGAUAGAAUCGAUGAUAUUCUGGCGACUCCUCACAAGGACACAGUGACCACUGUUGUGAAGCAGACGGAAGUUAUCACUAGUGAUAUUGAUGUAGGCGAUUCCCUGGAUGACGUUUUACAAAAGGCAUAAUAAUAAUUUCAGAAGAAGUAUCAAGAACAGCAGCAGAAGCAGACUCAAGUCACGAGCACGGUGACUGAGACCACUUCUGGAGAAGGAUGGGUGCAACAUCAGCUUCAAGACUUUGUGGAACCACACAAGUCCACGGUUACUGUCAAGAAGCUGGACAUUGAAGAAUCGGAGAACAUCAACCAGCAACAGUUUGCCCAGCCAGAGCAAAAGCACGUGGUCACUGAACAAGUUGAAGAAGAAGUUCAAAAAGAAUCGAGAAUUCCGGUGAAACGAGAGCCGAAGACUACGACUACAGUCACGGAAACGAGUUCGGGAGAGGGAUGGGUGCAGCAAGUGCAUCAAGAUCUUCAGCAGCCACACUUGUCAACUGUUUCUGUAAAACGAUUGGAUAUCGAAGAAGGGGAGAACAUUCACAGACAGGUUUUCUUAUUUUAAGAUUCAAGCGGAGAGUGAAAAAUAACUAGUUUCAGAACUUUCAACAAGUUCCACAACAGCAAGUGAAAAACACCAGACAGAGGGAGGAAGAAGAAUCAAGGAUCAUAAAUGAAUCCAAGAUUCCAGUGAAAAGAGAACCGAAAACUACUACGACGGUGACCGAAACGACUUCUGGAGAGGGAUGGGUCCAACAAGUACAUCAAGAUAUGCAGAGACCAGAACAGUCGACAGUGACCGUGAAGAGAUUGGAUAUUGACGGAGAAGAGAACAUCCAACGCACGCAGCAGUCCAGAAUCCCUCAGCAAGUUAUCACGGCCAAGACAGAAGAAGAGGUUGACCAGAGAACGAAGAAUGAAUCCAGAAUCCCAAUCAGAAGAGAACCUAAAACGACUACAGCCGUGACGGAAAUCACUUCUGGAGAGGGAUGGGUUCAGAAUGUGCACACGGACGCAGCUCAUCCACAAAGUUCGACAGUCAGUGUGAAACGAUUAGGAAUUGACGAAGAGACUGUCAAAAAGAGCGCUAGACCAAUUAGCAAUGAAAUUAGACGGCAGACCGACGAAGAAUCAUCCAUCAGACAUAGAGACAGCUUCAUCCAGGCGUCAGACGUAGAAGGAUUCUGGACGGACGGAGCGUACACCGACUCCGCCCCCACGCCGCCCCCGCAGCCAAUUCACAGAAGCACUGCCGAAGACAAUAUGCAACGGAUCGGACUUUCGAGAACAACGACUGAGCCAGAGUUCAUUAAGGCUUUCGAAAGGGAGUACACGGUGGAAGAGGGAGGACGGAUAGCCAUCGAAUGCGUUCUCGUUGGCAAUCCGAAACCGUCUGCCCGCUUCUUCUUCAAUAACAAACAAGUCACUGAGAAGUCGGAGUUCUUGAAGGUAGGGAGUGACUUUUUAGGAAUCGAGCAAACAAGUAACAUUCAGAUUUGCCACGUGAAUGACACCUACUCCAUCAUCAUCAGUCCUGCCAAACUCGAGCACGCCGGUUACUACAAGAUGAUCGCCGAGAACAAGAGAGGAGUCACCGAAUCGCUGACGGUCCUGCACGUCCGUCCGAGAUCUCUGCAAACAUAUCAGCAGCAGAGACAGCAGGAAACAAGACUGCAGCAACAGAAACAACAGGCUCAAGCGGCCGGACCGACAGAAUACACAACGGUCGAGGAAGAGUUCGCAAUGUUCGAGUACGAACAGAGAAGGCCUCUGAAGCACGAGACGACUAAACUGGCGACGCCUCCGCCGGCCAAGCGGAUUCAGCAGGAACACCGCAAAGACGAGGAGCAUCUGGAGACGUACGACCUGGAAGGAAAGAAGACGAACGGACAUCCACCGCACUUCACUCAAACCCUUGUGUCCACUGUCGUGGCCCAGGGAGAGAGCACGACUUUCGAAGGAAUAGUUACCGGAUGGCCAGCCCCGACUGUCGAAUGGACCAUCGACGGAACGCCCCUCGAUUUGAAGGAUGUGAGAGUGUCGAACAUUGGAGGAAGGGUCUCCCUUAACUUCCUCAAUUGCCAGUUGUCACACGCAGGAAAGUACAUGUGUACGGCGAAAAACACGAGUGGAGUGGCCACGAGUAGUGCCCAACUGGUUGUUAGACGUGAGUUUAUCAGAAUCGAGACAAUAACAGACUUGUUUUAUUUUCAGCGAAGACAGUCGCUCCGGACUUUAUCCAACGGCUGAUCAGUGAGGAAGUUGAAGAAGGAAGCCAGUUGAAAUGGACCGUCCGAGUGACGGGAGACCCAUUGCCUAAGGUCAUUUGGAUGCGCGACGGAUACGAAAUUCCGGAUUGCGAGGAAGUGAGGAUUGUCGAUGUAAGUUUUACUAAUAACCUAAUGGACUAGUGGGAAUCUCAAUUUUCAGCACGGUGAUGGGUAUCAUUCUUUGGUGAUUGUCCGAGUGGAAGGUGCCGACAGUGGCCAGUUCACUUGCUUGGCCGAAAACAUUGCCGGAGAGGCGAGAAGCACCGCCGAUCUGGUUGUUCGACCGUCCGGCACUGCGCCCGGAAACUAUUUCCAUGUGACAAAAGUGACACAAGAGAAACAGGUAAUCCCUUGAAUAGUAUCUGAAUGAUAUUCUGUUUUUGAAGGCCAAAGGAGCGGAGCCCACGACGACGAGCGCAUUUUCGAUCGAGACGCCGCGACAGAGCGAAAUGUUGUGAGCGAAGUUAAUUUUAUUUUACCAAUUCAACAUUUUAAUAAUUCACAACUGCCAUCCACUUUGUUAUUCUUUCAUCCUCUUCUUUUGUAAUUAUUAGUCCUUUUCACCGAAUAAAUGAUCAUGUCUUGAAUGCCACUAUGACGUGGCAAGUGUCGUCGUCGGGGGGGCCGAGCAGCGGCUGCCACAGCAACCGCACUCACUCUCUCUCUUCUCACGCACCCAUUCUCAUCCUUACAACUGCUUUAUCGAGCUGUCCCCUCCAUGCGAUUUGCUAUCCUUUUGUUCGUCCUGAUUAUUCACGGAUUAUCCUAUCAGCCAUUGCUGCCAGAGUAGGUUUUAACGGAGAACUCGAUAAUAUAUGAAGGAAAACUUUUGUCAGUAAUGAUGCGGAGAUUUUGGAGUUCAGAAAGAAGCUUCUGAGAAUCGAGCAGAAUGAUCGUCAAAUGGCUCAUUGGCACGAUCUGUUCACCGAAGCGGUCAGUCGACAUUUCGAUGUGAGUUCGUCUGAUCGGCUCUCUUUUUCGUUUUGAUCAUCGGAUUCUUCAGGAAAUGUUGUUCAAAUACGUGUUGUGUGCCUGCUUCUUCAUUUCGUACGUUCCCAUUUUCAUUUGUUCAUUGAACUAUAAUCCAUUGUUCUGUUCAGACUCUACUUCUUCGCGGAUUGGGCGUUAAUGAUUAUCCGGGACGUGCGGCUCACCGUGCAAACUUUCAGAGAAACGCGAAGAGAGAUGAGAAGUGAGAAAACUGAAAAAUGAAGAGGAAGAGGCUUUUCAGGGGACCGAGAAAGAAGACGUGCAGAACUGAAACGGCAAUUGGAGAUGUGGGUAGAGGCGAGCAGACAAUCGAGGCUUCUGGGUGUCCGACGAUGA